AUGGCGCAAAGCCUCUCUUCGCAAACGGCAGUCAAUUCCGGAACCAGACCGAUAAAUGUUCCUCCCCCGUCGAAAAUAGGGCCAAUGAGUGUAGCGGGCCCCUCGCAGUCUUCAGCAAGCUUUCGUACGGGUCAUUUGAAUCUCGACACUUUCUCGCCGGUCAAUGAAUAUGGGAGCUUCGAAUUCGACCGCGUUUUAAAGCGGGGGAAAGUAUUUGGCAAGAUCAAAAGUCGACAUGCAUUCAAAGCUUCCUGGAAGCCAUGCUAUUUAGUGCUCCGCCCAAACCUGCUUUCUGUCUACAAAGAUGAGGACGAAGCCAGACUCUUACUAUCCAUUACUCUCUCCGACGUCGUUGCCGUCGCACCAAUCCAUUCCGCGCGAUCGACUCGCGAACAUGUCUGGGGGAUAUUCUCACCGUCACAAAACUAUCGUUUCCAGUCUAUUUCUGAGCAGGAUGCAAAGGCGUGGGUUGAGCGAAUUCGGUCAGAGGUGCACAUUGACGAGGAAGAAGAAGCUCUGGUUGCGCAAUCGAAAACGAAGAAGAUGUCCGUGCCCACUACAGCCGGGUAUACUAGCGAUGGAGAAGACCAUGCUGCCAUUAUAGCAAGUGAAUAUUCGGAUGUUGGAGAGAAUGAGCCGACAAUUCUGUCGAGUUCGCCGGAGCUUAUGCGGACAACGUCGUUGGGACACAGGGGGAAGAGUCUACCUUUUGCGCAAGAUUAUUCCGGUAAUGAGAUGACGGAAUACUCGGACUUAUCAGAUGGGCCUGGAAGUAGUUCACGGGCGAAGAAGAUUUCCAAGGGGCGCGAACCUAGCGAUCAACCUACCAAGCGUCCUUCUCUAGGCCGCGAACCCACUGUCUCAGGACUCUUGGGCGAUCCUGACCGCGUGAUAUGUCAUGGCUGGCUACAAUGUCUACAUAGUAAGCGAGGAGUUCGACAAUGGAAGAAACUCUGGGUCGUUCUUCGACCAGUCAGUCUCGCUUUAUACAAAGACGAAAGGGUGCACCUCCCCUCCCCUUUUAUCUGCUUGAUCUCCACAAACUGAUAAUAUAUAGGAGUACUCCGCAAUCCGCAUCAUACCCAUGUCCCAAGUCAUCAAUGCCGCCGAAACAGAUCCCAUCUCUCGAUCCAAGAAUUUCUGUAUGCAAAUCAUAACCGAAGAUAGACCCAUCUAUCGCUUCUGUGCACCAGAUGAAGAGUCUCUAGCACGAUGGCUAGGCGCAUUGAAAAGUAUCAUAGUCGGAAGAAAGAAGGCGAUGGAAAGUAGAAAGGCUAGUACUAGUAGUCAGACCGCUGCUACCGCUACUUCUGUUCCUGUUGUUGCGCCGCCGACGAUUAUUGCUACGCCUGAACCCUUUCAGCCUUUGAGAUGAUUGUUCGAUGCUAUUUUUUCCUGUAUUUUAUUGAAGUUCACUGGCGAUCUGGGUUUUAUUGGAGCGGGGGUCUGAAUUAUGAUAUCCAACUGUGUAUGAGUUUUAACUUAGUUUUUUUAAUUCAAAUAUGUUUCUUAUCUAUCUAUAUGCAUCCAUAAACGGUUUGUACCAUUAUAUUCUCAACGGCUAGUUCUCAUUCUCCAUCUCUCUUUCUCCUUCCCUUGACAAGAGAAUAGAAUCAACUAGGUCUUCUUGCUGCUGUUCUUCAUCCUCUUUACUCUCCUGAUUCACAAUCAUAAAAGAUGCAAACACAAUUGUCGCGCCAAUCCAGUAUAGGACGCCGGCAUAUUGGCCUUGGAGAAUGAUUUGGCCAACCAGUGAUAGAGGGAUGGUAAGACUGAGACCCACUGUGACCACGAGCGGUGUUGUGAGGAGCAUGGCGUAGGCCCAGCAUAUAUCUGAUAUGA